AUGUCUAUGGAUCAACUUCUGAAAGCGGACGAGCAACCGUUUGUGUCCCAGCCGGUCAUGUUCAGGUCGGAUUUUCAGCAAGAAACUCGGAAAACCCUGUUUUUUUUCCAGAAAUUUUCUGUAUUUUGGCGCCAAGAGCAUCGAGUGCCGCCAGGAGCAGCUUCCGUGCGGAACCGCCAGGGAAUCCUUCGUCCACACCGCUGGAAUCGACGCAUCGAUCGCCGAUAAAUUUUUGAACACUAUCGAGUGCGUUUUCCGGCCGACCUUUUCUCACAGUUGAGAAUAUUCACUUUUUGUUCAGUGUAAGCAACUUGAGUCCGCUGAUGUUCAACAUAGAAACGGACGAGGCGCUGCAGAGAAGCGAUAUGACGUCACAGAAGUGAGCAUUUUCUGAGUUCUGAGUACCUUCUGAAUGCGUUUUUACAGAAUUCUGAUCGAGGAGAGCUCUCGGCGCCGCAACGCGCAGUACAAGUCCAUUGCUCUCCGAUCUCUUCGUCACGAUCACAUCGAUCUGAGUGCGCUGGCCAGAAAGUCGCCGUAUCUGACUAGUGAGCAUAAACCAUAUCAUAAAAUUAGCGCAUUCAUUUCAGACAUCGUUCCGACGCCCCCGCCUCUUGCUCAGAAGAAGCUCAAGCCGCUGCUCAUCAAUUUGGACGUUCCGCCGCUUCUUGACUACGUAAGAAUAAGCUGUCUAAUCAAUCUCCUUUUAACCUUUUUUCUCCAGAACAAGCUGAUAAUCUCGGUGUCGAUCUAUUUGGGAUACACGCGAGAGCUCGAGUACCACGAGAUCCGUCUUGGUCGCCUCAUGAAAGUGACCGAUCGCAUCGAGCUGACUGGAGAAAACACGCUGGAAGACUUGCGCAACUCGUUCUCGUGUCCCGCCGAUUACGCGUUCAUUGAGGAUUUCAGUGAGAAAAAACCGACGAUCGACGACUUUGCCAAAGUAUUUUAUUAUGUGGUGUUGAUCUCGACACGUCGACGAUUGCAGAAUCUCUUCCCAUCAAACAUGUUCUUCAUUCACGGCACGUUCUUCGUCGACGAGACAACUGGUCGCGAUCCAUCAGAGUAAGAGAAUCUCACUGUUUUGAGGUGGCGAUCAUCUCGGAAAAGUUUCCAGAAACAUUCGAGUAUGGGCGGAAAAGCGAAACAAUGUCGGACCAAUGGACACGAUGCCAAUGAGCACAAAGUAAGUGCUCCGUUCCUCAACACAACAUUAUGAAUAUCCCAAUUUCAGACUCGGGGACCUGACAGCUCGACUCGGACAGCCGUACGUCUUCGUUCAUCAGGGCGUCUGCGAGCACCUCGUCGUCUUCAACGACCUCUUCAUUCGAGAUGAGUCGCAUGACGGCGUCGUCUUUCCACGUCGUCUCAUCGAGAGGAAUUUCCGUCGCAUCGCCUGCGAUUUGUGCAAAGAAGAAGCGGCCAAAUGGAUGGUUCUGGAGCACGAAGACCUGCUGCCCAACUCGCCCGGAUACGUAUGCGCUUCCUGCUACAACGAGUACUGUUUUGAUGUGACGGGAAAGAAGGUUUCCUCGUUUAAAGCGGUGCCGUACUGCGAUCGAAAGGAAAUCGGCGACGGUGGAAAGUUCAUCUCUGAGCUGCGAUUCGAGAAACGACGAAGAUGA